AUGUAUCGUUUAAACUGCAGUACAAUAAUAUCACAAUUGAAGCGAAGACUUCAAUAUGCCUGUGACAUGAGUAAUCUGCAUGGCAUAAAGAACAUCUUUUCAUCACAAGAAAUUUCCUGGCCAAAAAGAAUAUUCUGGCUCGGAAUAUUAUCGGCGUGUUGUUUCGGCGCUGCUUCAGUUUUAAGAUCAUCCCUUAGGCUUCUUAGCUCAGAUGUGGUGUCAUAUUCAGUGGAUACGAACUAUUUGGACUGGGAUACACCGUUUCCUGCUGUGACAGUUUGCGAACAGAGCGAUACUAAUAGGAUUAAGUCGUACUUAAAGAAGUCCGAUCUACCGCUGUCCCUCUCGAAUUUCUUCAAGGAGGUAUCAUUCUGGAACAUGAAGUGCUGCCGCACCUGCACUUGGUGUGAGCUCAAUAAAACGUGUGUGGAGAAUUUUGUGGAGGAUGUCAUGAAGAUCCGAUUAAACUGUUCAGAAUUGCUUUCCGAUUGCUGGUUGGGUGGAAAACAUUUUCGUUGUUGUGAGAGAUUCAAACCAAUGGACACUGAGUACGGUGUCUGCUUUGUAUUUAACUCUGCUUUACACGAGUCUCCUGUAUUUACGGUAAAUCAGAAAAUUGGUAAUCCAAGCUUAUUGUUUACGACAGUAGAUUCAAGUAUGAUAAGAAUUCACGCUUCAGAAGAAAUAGUCUCGAUAGAUAUGGACAACAUAUUGGGGCGAACUAAUAUUUUACCCAUAAUGGCCAAUUUAGAAGCGAUUUUAAAGGUGGAACAAACUGUGAACGAUGUAUCAGUGAUGUCGAUAUCAAAGAAAAUACGAAACUGUUUAUUUACGGAUGAACAGCCACCGUUUGUGAAAAAGUGGCCGUUCAAAAAAUACAGUCAUAGCGCCUGUGUUUUGUAUUGCAGAGCAUUGAGCCAAUAUAGCCUUUGCAACUGUACGCAUCAUUUUAUGAGUAACUUGGCCAAACUGCCAAGUUGCGGUGUUCAUGGUUUGGCGUGUCUGAGCAUAAAUAAAGAUGAAAUAUUAAAAAUGAACUGCACUUGCCCUAUGCGCUGUGAAGAGACAUCGUAUAAAGUCACCCACGUCUUUUAUAAUCGUUCCAGUAAGUCAGCGGACAAUGUAAUUCGCUCGUCAAGAAGUGUUGUCAGGCUUGCUCAGUUGCCCACAAUAAGGAUAAGGCGAUUCGCUUUGCGGGAUAAUCUUGGGCUUGUUGAUAUCACAUGUGACGAGGCACAAUGCGCGUCUCCUUGUGAGAACUCGGCCCCGCCCCCAUAUUGCCCGAAAACUAUGCCCGACUGCCCGACGGAAUGUGUGUGCAUGCCGCUAUGUCAACAACCCACUAUAUUGUGCUUCCAGAUGAAAUUCUGUCAGAAGAAGAAGUGGUUCUUACGUUCUAAAUUACUUUAA